CACACAGAUUAUUUCAUUGUACCAUGGUGGAAUUGUGAGAUAUAACUUUUCAUUAACUUCAAACUUCUGCAUUGUGAACCAACACAAAAAUGGCAGCUGCAGUGAAAUUUAUUUGCGUGUUAGGGUUUCUUGCAGUUUUCAGCAUUGCUAUGAUUGAAAGGGCUGAUGGGGCAAGUGCUUGUGGAAAAGCUAGUCCAGACGAAGAGGCCGCCAAGCUUGCUCCUUGUGCGGAUGCCGCACAAGAUGAAAAAGCUGCUGUUUCCGCUAGUUGCUGUCAGCAAGUCAAGAGGAUGGGACAAAACCCUAGCUGCCUCUGUGCUAUCCUACUUUCUGACACUGCCAAGAGCUCUGGUGUCAAGCUUGAGGUUGCGAUAACCAUUCCCAAGCGCUGCAACUUUGCCAACCGCCCAGUCGGUACCAAGUGCGGAGGCUAUACUCUGCCGUGAAUGAAUGUAAGGAAAGGUUGAAGGCCAUGGAGUCGUAAGUCUGGUUAAGAUAUUUGAAGCAGUUGGCUACUAGUGUGACUAAUUAAGUAGGAUUACUACUCUGUAAUUUGGCAAUAAAUUAAAGCUAGUAGCCCGUAUCAUGUAUAUGUAUCCUGGCCUUCUCGUACAAUAAAAAUAUGCAAUUUCCCGGAA